UCUUUGUCUUGCGAUCCUCGGGUUUAAAGCUCCAGGAGUACCGAGAUUUCGAUGAGGUAUUCAAACCCAGCUCACCAAUUCAACUCUAGCAGCCUUACAUUUGUAAAUAGUUUCCUUUGAUUUUAGCUGUAUACCGAAUUCAAAGUCAUGACCGAACACCUUAACCCCGCGGCUCGCAGACGCCAUCGUAACAGAGAAGCUAAGAGCUGUGAACCUUGCCGAGCUCGAAAAAUCAAGUGCGACCGAGGAUCUCCAUGCCGGCCUUGUAUGAGAUCAAGGGCGUCACUGCUCUGUACCUACAGGUCGGACCACCUCGUAUCUGUAUCACAACCCUCAAAGACCCGUCCGCUUGACUCCAUACAAGAAGAGGAUGUUCUUGCCAGUAUAUCUGACGAUCCCCAUAAUGAAGAUCUGCCCAGCUCGGUUGAAUCACCGUGUAUAGAUCGUGCCAGUGAUAGCUCAACGUCGAGCUUGUCCCAUCGAGUUAGUGUCCUAGAGCAACUAUUACAACGGCCCGGGCACAGCAGUCCGCAUGACAGUUCUUUAAAGGAACUAGAAGCUAGACUAUCCAAAAUAGAGCGAGACAUCGGGACCUCGCAGCCUUCUCAGUCAAGACCAUCAGGCCAAUCCGACCUUCAAAUCAAACUGCCACAUCCACAUCUCCGGGCAGAGCACGAAAAAACAAGGUUAUUUGGAAAGACGCAUUGGGUUCAUUCACUUGAGCAGUUCCGCAUCCUUUCUCAAAUGCAGUCCAAGCCAUACUCCGUUGUUGAUGGAGAACAGGGGUUGACUAAUGGACCUAUGCUCGAAGCUGCCGGUGCUCGUCGUCGCGCUAAAAAUCACGGAGCUAACCUUCUGCAAGAGCCUAUGCCUGGACUUCGCAAGAGUAUCCCAUCUAGAAGCAUUUGUGACCAAGCGGUGGAUGGCUAUCUUCGAACCUUCGAGCCAAUGUUCCGUAUUCUCCAUAUUCCUUCGUUUAUCAAGGAGUAUGAAAGUUACUGGAGUCAGCCAGACCUAGCCCGGACCGAGUUUCUCAUGAAGCUCACAUUGGUACUCACUACCGGUGCCAUCUUCCUAACUGACCGAGCUAUAGCGAGAGAUAUUAAACGUACUGCUCGUAACUGGGUGUAUGCUGUGCAAUGGUGGCUUACAGGUCCCACGGAGCGUGACGCUAUGAGCAUUGACGGGGUCCAAGUAUUCUGCCUCCUAUUAUUGGCGCGCCAAACCAGCUCGCUCGGUGGAACGGCAUCUAUAAUCACGGAGGCUCUGUCAAAACUAUCCUUCACAUUAGGUUUACACAUCGACCCUCGCUGCCACGCAUCAGUGACGCCCUUCGAGUCCGAGCUGCGCCGACGCCUCUGGCCAACAGUCCUCGAGCUGCUCACGAUUAAUUCUUUAAAUUCUACCCUUCCACUUCUACUAUAUGCCGGCGAUUAUGAUGUCCCAUUACCGUCGAACAUCUCGGAUUCCCAACUCGGCGAUAUCAAAAUUUCAGAAGUGAACCAAUCAUUCACGAACCACGAAGCAAUGGACUGUUCGGUCCAAAUCUUGUUUUCGAAGUCGCUGCGCUUACGCAUGCAAAUAGUGCGAGAAUUGAACGACUGCAGCCAAAAGAUUUCGUACGAAAGAAUCAUCUCACUAUCCCACAGUCUUCAAACACAUUGCCGUGAGCUGACAGCAUUCUUUCAUCCCGAUGAGAUCAAAGGACCAGAAAAGACCAUCACCCGGGGAUUCCACGAGAAGUUCCUCGACACAUACCUCCGGCGGCUAAUCCUCUUCCUCCAUCGCCCCUUUAUGCAUCAGUCGCGCCACGACGCCCGCUACCUACCAUCACGGAAGAUUAAUCUAGACUCCUGUUUGAUCAUGGCUUCACACACUGAAGAGAUGGACCUCCCCGGCUCGGUCCUCGACGAUUUCUCCUAUUGUUGCAUCUCUGGCAGCGGAAUGUUCAAGGGCGCACUAGGGCAGGAUGUGAUUCUGGGGAUAGCACUUGAGAUUGUAACGCAGCUCGAGGAGGAGGAGCGCGAUCGUCUACACGACCCGUGUGAAAAGGAUAUUCCUGCCCCCCGCACCGAUCCCCUCGCGCUCCUUGCCCGAAAACAGAGGGAGCCGCUCAUGCGGUAUCUGCGCCACACCGAGGUGCAGUGGAAACACGUCAUACUCCUCGGCCGGCCGAGUCUGAAGCAGUACUUGUUCCUGGCGUGCAUACUCAGCCAGAUCGAAGCCAUGGAGGUCGGUCGCGAUAUCAGAGCCGCGAUGCUCGAUACGAUUCGGCGCAAAUUGUAUGAAUGCGCUACACUCCUGCGAGAGGCGCCCGCGUACAGUGAUGCUGAGGAGGUCGGGUGGGCGGACGAUACAUCGCCGGACACGAUUGACAGCAUGGCUCUCUUCGGAUUCGACUUCAGCACUUUGGAUCCUUCGUUUGCGAUGGAUAUGCCCUUCUGGACUAAUACAUCUAGCACUACUGAUGUUUGAAGUCCAUGUGAGAGCGUACCACACUGGCCAUCAUAUGUGUAUAUCCUGACAUGAAGCUUUAUGCGCAGUCUACCGCAAGCACUUCUGGUAGAUCUAUUGCGCUGUAUGAGAAAGGUCCAGCCUAGCCUCGCGUAACAAUUGAAUACUCUAAAUGAGCAAUACCUACUUUCUCCUCCGUUACUACUUGGGAUGCCAUACAAAAUAAUGCUCUACGUCUGGGACAUUGGGUGACCCAUAUGUCUCGUCUAGCUUAAUCCCUGUGGUUUAAAUACACCGCAGGGUGGAUAGUGCUAUA